AACCAAACUAAACGCCAUAGCAUGGAACGAGUGAGUGAGUGAGUGAGUGAGUGAGUGAGGGUCCUCCUAUGAUAAUAUUUUUCUUCUUUUUUUUGCAAUUAUUAUUUGCUUCUAUUAAUCUCCCCAGUAAUUAUUUAUACCCCUUUUUUUUUCACGCUGGGUGUGUUUGUUACCGAUUGAAAACUUUGAAGAGUGAUUUCAGAGGAAGAGUCUAGAAGGUCUUGUGAGCAUUCAUUCGUUCUACUUCAACCUAAGCAACACAACAGUGAGAGAGAGAGAGAGAGAGAGAGAGAGAGAGAGAUGGGUAGAGGAAGGUGCUUCUUGGACAUUAGCAUAGGGCAAGAGCUCGAAGGGAGAAUAGUGGUGGAGCUUUAUGAUGAUGUUGUUCCCAAAACUGCUGAGAAUUUCAGAGCUCUAUGCACUGGUGAGAAAGGCAUUGGUCCAAAUACUGGGGUGCCCCUUCAUUUCAAGGGAUCUUGCUUUCAUCGUGUUAUUAAAGGCUUCAUGAUUCAAGGAGGUGAUAUAUCUGCUGGAGAUGGUACUGGAGGAGAAUCUAUAUACGGACUUAAGUUUGAAGAUGAAAAUUUCGAGUUGAAGCAUGAAAGGAAAGGGAUGUUAUCAAUGGCAAACUCUGGUCCUAAUACAAAUGGGUCUCAGUUUUUUAUCAGCACUACCCGAACUUCUCACCUAGAUGGUAAGCAUGUUGUAUUUGGGAAAGUAGUUAAAGGAAUGGGAGUGGUCCGAUCAGUUGAGCAUGUUGCGACUGGAGACGAUGAUCGUCCCACUCUUGAUGUUAAAGUUGUGGACUGUGGAGAAAUUCCUGAAGGAGAAGAUGAUGGGAUAUCUAACUUUUUCAAAGAUGGAGACACCUAUCCUGAUUGGCCAGCAGACCUUGAUGAGAGCCCUAAUGAACUUGAGUGGUGGAUGAAAUCUGUUGACUCGAUUAAAGCUUUUGGCAAUGAGUAUUACAGGAAACAAGACUAUAAAAUGGCUCUAAGGAAGUAUCGGAAGGCUUUACGCUACCUGGAUAUUUGUUGGGAGAAGGAAGGCAUUGAUGAAGAGAUAAGUUCAAGUUUGAGAAAAACGAAGUCCCAGAUUUUUACAAACAGCUCUGCUUCUAAAUUGAAAUUAGGGGAUAUUAAAGGAGCAUUACUGGAUACAGAAUUUGCAAUGCGUGAGGGAGAUGACAAUGCUAAAGCUUUGUUCCGCCAAGGACAGGCAUACAUGGCACUCCAUGACAUUGAUGCUGCAGUUGAAAGCUUUAAGAAGGCACUGACCUUGGAGCCAAAUGAUGCUGGAAUAAAAAAGGAACUUGCUGCUGCUAGGAAGAUGAUAGCUGAUAGGCGUGAUCAAGAGAAAAAAGCAUAUAGCAAGAUGUUCCAAUAACACUCUGGUGGGUUUAUGUAAACAACUAGAUUGUUGCAGCAUAUGCAUAUGGUAAAAGGUUCAGGCUUGAACUUAUUGUUGUUACUAAAAGUAUUCGAAGUGGGGCUCACAUGAAAUAAGUGGAUAAGGAUUGGUAUUGUUACAUUACAUAUGAAAUUUUUAGCCAACAAUUUUGUCAACCUUUUUUUUUACAGUGAAACUCUGAUCAUUUUCUUGGGCGGUGACAUUGAAAUGCAAUUUAGAUGAUGGACCAGGCAGUACUGUAUGUGAUUUUGAUAUAUUGUUACUUGCUGGGAACUUUUACACUCAAAAAGUAUAAUGUAGCGCAUUUUUUGGUUA